GCCGGCAGGCGGAGUGAACGCCUGUGUAGGCGUCUUGUUUUAUUAGAUUUAUCCAAGGCAUUUGACAGUGUCAGUCAUUCGAUUUUAUUACACAAAUUGAGUUGUAUCGGUGCUUCACCCGAAGCUGUUAAAUGGUUCCAAGACUAUUUAACAGGCAGAUCCCAAUACGUGCGCAUUGGAUCCACCAAGUCAUCAGCUCGCCCGAUAACCCAUGGCGUUCCACAAGGUGCAAUACUAUCACCACUUCUGUAUUGCAUCUAUAUUAAUGAUCUGCCAGGGAGCAUACAAUCGUGUAACCUUGAUUCAUACGUAGACGACUCAAAGCUUUACAAAUCAUUCUGCAUCUACGACUUGGAACAGACAACUAUCAAUUUAGAGGCAGAUCUACAAAUAGCAGCCAAGUGGUGUUUGGAGCACCAAUUACUGAUCAAUCCAGAAAAAACUAAAUUCCUUUUAGUCGGUUCAAGACCCAUGCUGCAGAAUGUACCUACAGAAAUAUCGCUAACAUUUUUAGGAAAGACUAUAAGACCUGUUUUAUUAGCUAAAGAUUUGGGUAUCAAUUUGGAUUUGUACCUAUCCUACGACGACCACAUAUCUAAACUCGUUUCGUCGUGUAUGAGAAAACUAUGUCAAAUAAAUCGCGUGAAGGAUAGUUUCGAUAAUGAAACAUUAAAAUUGGUCAUUGAGACACUUGUAAUUAACAAGCUUAUGUACUGCUCUACGGUGUGGUCCAACACGUCAUCUAACAAUAUCAAUAAACUUCAAUCAGUGCAGAACUUCGCGUGCAGAGUUAUAUCAGGG